AUGUCAUUGCAAGAAAUUAAGACGGAUUAUUUAACCCAGUGGCUCAAUCAGCUUAUUGAGUCUGGCAUCAUUAACAGGGAACAUUUGAUAUAUCAAAACAUUGAUGCUUUCUUAACUGAACAGUUAAGUCAACCUAACCCCGUUACUAACUGGGAACAAUGGCCAACUCUGUACAGUUAUUGUGAGUCACUCUCUGCACUUGCUACGAGAAAAGGUUAUAUGUUUUACCUUGGUAGUAAGCGCUUUGGUCUAAAGAAACAUCGAGACAUUGUUGCACAAAAAGUUUCCUACUGCAAUCCUGGGCCUUCCUUGUGCACAUUAGAUUCAAGAAAGUUAACACCCAUAUACAAUUCUAGCCCACACUUGAACAACCUAAUGCUGUUGUUAACAUUAUUGAACACACUCGAUGGUGUACCAUGUUUCAAGGCUCCAGGCUUAAAGAAAUUCUUUACCAUUGUACAUUAUGAUGGAAUGCCCUUAAACAUAGGUACAUUCCCCAGGCAAGAAAAUGGUGAAACUUUCUUUGACGGUAUUAUUCCCACCAUUAAACUACGAAAAAUGAGAGAGUUGUACCAAGAAGGAAAUAAUGCAGUGCACAAGUUUAUUACAGAGAACUGUACUUGGGUUAGUGAGGUUAAUGAGUGUGACAUCUGUGAUGCCUCUGGAAAGGUUCAUCUCAAUGUUUUUACAAGGUUUGGUUCCAUGGGUGGAGAUGCAGAAAGUGUUGAAAGAGGGCUAACUGAAUCAUUGAAGUGCAUUGAAGCAUCCAGCAAUUUCUUGUUGUCAGGUAAUGGGAAGAACUGUAAAUUUGCCUCACUGGGGGAAGUUUGUAAUCGAUGUAAAACAUUAGAUGUUGAAAAGGAGCCAUGCAUGAGUGCAAAAUGCAUUCAUGUUUCUUCGGAUCAAGCAUCAUCCCAACGAAGAGCUCACAUGAAUUUAAAUGAGAAGUCACUUUCUGAUAUGAACAAUCCAGACUACAGAUCAUACGGUUUUGGACUACUCCAUUUUUGUAAGAAUUGCAUAUCUUCUCUGAGACACUACAGGCUCACAGAUAUGUCUGGUACCUUUUUUGUUGCCCAGUUAUCGUCCGUUGGGCAUCUAAUACCUCAGAAGCACAGGAAAUGA